AUGGACAGUCUUCAAAUUCCGGACAACUCCUACGCCGGUCCUUCUCGGCACCAUGGCGCUUCGCGUCCUGUGUCGGUGUCUGUGCAGCCAUCAACUGUAUCCACGUCACAGUCUACGUCUCGGAGACAAAGGGCGUCCCACCAAGUAGUCUCUUCGCAGCAGCAGCUACAGCAGCAGGCCGAAGACCAACCUGCUUAUCGUGACGUUUAUUCGCACCCAGCUGCUGUGGCCUAUAAUGCUGCCCACCCAAGACGUACGAUUCCCAAGUUUGGGCCCUAUCUCUUACUUCAAACUGUGGGCGAAGGAGAGUUUGGGAAGGUGAAGCUCGGGCUACACAGUCAAUGGGGAGAAGAAGUCGCUGUCAAGCUGAUACGGCGAGGCAACAUUGACACAUCUGUGCGGAUGUCCAAGGUGGAGCGUGAGAUCGAGGUCCUUCGGACCCUUAAACACCCCAAUAUUGUUCGCUUAUACGACGUGAUUGAAACGGACAAAUAUAUCGGCAUAAUCCUCGAGUACGCCUCUGGCGGCGAGCUCUUUGAUCAUAUUUUAGCGCAUCGGUAUUUGAAAGAGAAAGAUGCUGCCAAGCUCUUUUCCCAGCUAAUUUCGGGCGUCUGGUACAUCCACCAAAAGAAGAUCGUUCACCGCGACCUCAAGCUUGAAAAUUUACUUCUCGAUCGUCACCGUAAUGUCAUUAUCACUGAUUUUGGAUUCGCCAAUCGCUUCGAGCAUCGUCCAGACGACCUCAUGCAGACGAGCUGUGGUUCACCAUGUUAUGCUGCUCCAGAGCUGGUGAUCUCAGAAGGGCUCUAUGUUGGUUCUGCCGUCGAUAUUUGGUCCUGUGGCGUUAUAUUAUAUGCCAUGCUCGCAGGAUAUCUUCCUUUUGACGAUGACCCUGCGAACCCUGACGGCGAUAACAUUAAUUUGUUAUACAAAUACAUUGUCAACACACCCCUUUCUUUUCCCGACUAUGUCUCCACGGAAGCCAGAAAUCUGCUCUCGAUGAUGCUGGUGCCUGAUCCCACACGGCGUGCUGAUCUGCGGUCCAUCAUGGCACAUCCGUGGCUAUCAGCAUACUCAUACCAAUUCCAGAAGACCGUGGAUGAUCUUGAGCACGUCGCAAUGGAGCAGCACCAGCAGAGGAGACUGGCGUACCAAAGGCAGAUGAGGCAAGCAGCCGCCGCAGCAACAGCCAAAGAUUCUGCGAAGGUGUCCCGGACGCAGAGCGCACGAGUUGAAGGCAUCUUAAACAGCGCUAGCACCUCAGGGUCACCGCCAAGGAGCCAUUCCUAUAGAGAUCAGCCUUCUGGCCAGCCAGAGUUAAUCUACGACAGUUCAGUAGAUCAGUCCAUCUAUUCCUCGUCUUCUCCCGCCAAUCCUGUUCCCACUUCGCGUAAAGGGGCAGUUUCUGCCAUCGUUAUGCCGACAACCGUACAAUCAUCCAAUGAUGAUCCCUUCGCAUUGUCUUCGCACGCCGUUCAUACCCCUGUUACUAUAUCCAAGGCUGAUAACACCUCAUCGGCCGGGAGAAGCAGUCGAGAAGGCAGCUCUCAAGGUGCCCCAUCUUCGCGCAACGGUCCUCCGCCAUCCGCUUUACCUCAACCAGAUGCUACAAAGAAGAAAGCUACCAUUGAUAGACAUACAAUCCAGGUGGAGUAUACCGACCAGACCCCGGAGCUCGCUCCAAACUUCAGCCAGUCUAUCACCAAGAAGGGCAGCGCAGGCACCUCAGAUCGCAUCUUCUCCGCCCAAAAUAUCAGUUCUCCUGCAAAGGAAAAGCCCAGCCGCGACUCUUCUUUCAGCACAAACCCACGGCCACUUCCUGCCCCUCCUGCAACCAGCACUCCUUCACGAUCCCAAGCACCUCAACAUUCUUCCUCGACCUUGCGUGCUGCGCAAAAUCGGACGCCUACCGUCUCUGUUUCUCCAGCAAGUCCCUCUAUGUCUACGGAAGAAAAAUCGUUUCAGUCUGUCAAGACAGGCAAUGGUACCAAUUCAAGCGGCUCUGGUUCCAGUCGCCACCGAAAAGGUCUCUCUAUUGACAAGUUCGGUUUGGGCAAGAUUUUCGGUACGAAUAGCGAGCAAGCUGCGACCAAUGGAUCCACGUCCCGCGUGCCAUCGGAGAGCUCUGCUGCCGGGGCCUCCUUUAUUGUGGAGGAGAGGAGGGGCUCAGCGCAGAACAGCGUCAGCGAUGUUCCAGUCUCACAAUCCAAGUCUUCGCUUCUCAGUCCAGGGGGAUCCAACAGCAUCACUGAUGCCGAGUCGAGCAAGAAGAACCGGCGGAACACUCUCACCGUUAUGGUCGAGCCCUUCAGCCGCUCGAUCAAAUCGCGCUCGAAGAAGACGCCUACUGGGGAAACGCCGGUCAAGGAAAACGACAAGAGCGUUCCUCCCUCUGCUAUCGCCUCACCCCAGAAGCAAACCGCUGUAUUCCCCACCCUGGGCAAGAUGCAAGAUGAACUACACUCUGGCAUGGAUAUGGCGGCUUCGACGACGAAAGCCCGGAACGUUAUGCAAUGGUUCAGGAGGAAGAGCACCGCCAAGGCUUUACCAGACGAUUCCGCCGAAAUGUCUGCCUCUCGAAGGUCAGAUUAUCCUUCGCCAACUCCCGGCUCGAGAGUGGACACCAGAAAUGCGGGGUCACCCCGAUCACCUGCUACGCAAGACGUGUCCUUCUCGUUCAGCAAAGCUGGACGCAUUUUCUCAUCUUCGUCCCCGCCGAAAGAUGUCUUGCGUAUCCACCAUGGCGCUGUUGAUCAGACCACUAUCACGACCAGGCCUCCUCCUGAAGUUAUCAAACACGUAUGCCAGGUGCUUGAGGGGAUGGGCAUUGAACUGAAACAGGAGAGCGAAUACAAAUACCGUUGUGUGCGGACGAAGAGGAAGAAGAGUGGUGCCAUUGGCUUGGGAUUCAGUGGAAGCGGUAAUGGGUUGGCUGCAUUCACGAUGGUUGGAUCUGCAGCGUCCAAUGGAGUUGACAAGCGUGGACUACCUGUGCCGUCGAACUCCUCGUCGGCGGGAGGGAUGCUGAAAGGCUUGCUUAUGCGCCGACAGUCGUCCCAGGUAUCUGGCGUAGCGCCGUCACAGGCGUCGAUGGACGAUGACAAUGGCGGCAUGACUUCAUCGCCAGUUGACUCGUCGCCAUCGGGCACUCAUGAGACAGUUUAUGGUGACACUAGCCAGGACGCAGGGGAUGAAGUUCGCUUCUCAAUCGAGUUGACACGGAUAGAUCGUUUGAAAGACACGUACAGCCUUGACAUCCGUCGCUUGAAAGGUAAUCUUAGGAGCUACAAGUUCUUAUAUGACACCAUCAGAGAGUACGUCGCGCCGCGUUCAUUGUCUUUUGGAGUUUCACUAAUCUCGAUUACAGGCGUGCCGAUUUACAACGAUAAUUUGAGGGCUGGAACCCUAAAGUCAUCGACACGCAUCCAUGCCCACUACUCGCUGCCUAUACCCUACUCGUGCUGUAAUCUUUCUCGUUCUGCCUCAAUACUUCAUGUCCCGUGUCUCAUGGUCCUUGCGUCGCUUUCUGGUCUAGUUUUCAUUCCACUUGUGUUCAUCGCUAUCAUAGCUCCUUGGUUUCUACGUAAAGUUUCAUCAUCGCACCUUCUGAGCAUUCACUCAACAUCAUAA